CGCGCCCGUCGGUGCACGGCCGCCGGCACUGUGUGCGUGCGCGGCGCUGUGUGCGCGACUCGUUCUCCCGCGCUUUGUUGUGUGCAGUACACUCGCGGCCAUCGUUCAAGCGGUGCGGCCCGCGCGAAACGAAACUCCCGAUAAACAAAAUAAUGAGCAGUGUGACGCGAAUCGCGAGUGCAAGCGUCCAGUGUGUGAUAACGAGUAUGUAACGUGGUGUUGUGAUAAACGUAGUGUUCUACGUGUUGUGUUGGCGUGAGCCAUGCUCGUGUUUAGAUAUAUACCGGCACACAGUCAAACGGAACACCUCAACAUUAGCAUUUUAAGUUACACUUGACAAAAGUUAUCUGUGAUCUCAAUUUAGUUUAGGAGACAGUCGCCUAGUAGCUUAAGUUUUACAAAACUAUAGACAAAACGAAAUCAAUGUUUAUACUGGGUAUCCGGCUCGAAGGACCAAGUUUGACGAGUCUCGUGUGGUUCUAGUGCGGAAUGGGGGCGUAGUGCUGUCAUGGAUGACAGAUAGUUUUGACUGUUCAGAGGAUGGGAUAAUGGGAGUUGGUUUAGGUAUAUGAAGAUGCCGCAUGCGCACUCGAGCUCGGCCGCGAGCUCGGGGGGUGACGACCUGGGCUCCACUGAUGAGGUCAAAGUGUUCAAGGACGAGGGGGACGGAGAGGACGAGAAGAGGAGCUCCGAGAACCUUCUUGAAGAGAAGUCUAGUCUUAUCGAUUGGACUGAGAGUGAGGAGAAAUCAGGCGAACCUUAUUCCGGUAAACUAUCGGUGAAAUCGGAUCUUAGUCCAGUAUUUGGUAAAUUCGAACCACACCCGGCGGCCAGUUUCAACAUGGGUUAUCUGGUGACGCCGUAUCCCUACGCCAAUGGUGGGGCGCACCCUCUACCCGUGUCUAUGACGGGGAAGAUGGGCCUACCAGCGGGCGGUAGUCUAUCGCUGUUCUGCCCCGGAGGAGACUUAGGGCAGCCUCCUCCAGCGCACAUGGGCAUCCCACCGCCUUACCAGCUUGAUUCGAAGCUUGCUGCGGGCUUGGCGCGGACGCCCAUGUACCCCUUCCCUGGGGGCACCUACCCUUACCCCAUGCUCAGUCCUGAAAUGUCACAAGUGGCCGCCUCGUGGCACACCCCGAGCAUGUAUCCCAUAUCUUCAGCGGCGAGCGGCUUCCGGAGUCCGUACCCUACCUCGCUGCCGAUACCAAGUUCUAGUCUAUCAAGCGAAUUAUACCGGUUCUCUCCAACGCUGGGCGGAGGCCUAGGGCUCGGCUUGGGGCCCGCGCUGGUGCCUCCGCCAUCGUCGAAGGCCGACGUCGAUUCCUAUCAGUCUCGGUACGCGAGGUCAAUUGAUAAGGGUAGCGGCAGCUCAGUGAGCGAUAAGCCGACCGAGAGCUCCUCAGCUAACAGCAAGGAGCAAAACAAAAAGCCCCACAUCAAGAAACCCCUCAACGCAUUCAUGUUAUACAUGAAGGAAAUGAGGGCCAAAGUGGUAGCCGAAUGCACCUUGAAGGAGUCUGCGGCGAUCAAUCAGAUCUUAGGCAGACGGUGGCAUGCGCUCGGACGCGAGGAGCAGGCAAAGUAUUACGAGUUGGCCCGCCGGGAAAGGCAGCUGCAUAUGCAGCUAUAUCCCGAUUGGUCGUCUAGGGCUAAUACGCAAAGGGGCAAGAAGAGGAAGCGAAAACAGGAGACAACCGAUGGAGGGAAUAAUUUGAAGAAAUGUCGGGCGAGGUACGGCCUUGAUCAACAAAACCAAUGGUGCAAACCUUGCAGGCGGAAGAAAAAGUGCGUACGAUACAUGGAAGCGCUGGCGGCGGCGACGGGCGGCAUGUCAAUGCCGAUGGCGACCCCACAGUCCCCUUGCUCUGAGGAGGAUGUGAAGUUAGAAGAAAUGUCGGAUGCUUCGAGCGACGGAGACGCAGAUACCCCGCUCAAUUCCGCCUCCAGUCCGGGUGGGUUGAGCGCGUUAUCCUCUCUAGCAUCCCCCGCGUCCGACCCUCCGGCCAAUAACCCGCCUCGCAACCCCGUCGGAACCAAUCCGCGAGACGCCAACAACCCUCUAUCAGUCGGCCAGCUAACCUCGCAGACUUGGCCGCGAGCCGCGCAAUCCCGCCCCGGACACGAGGUCAUCUCCGUCUCAUAGUCGCUGUGGAACCGGUGCUCGCCGACUCUACCCCGGGUAACAUCGAAAUCGCCACAGGCGAGUGGACUAAUAGCGCCAUCUCUAGGUAACAAUUGUGAUAACAAUAACCACGCCAUCUGUGAGACGCUUCCGGUAACGAGUCGUGCGCGCCUCGGCUUUUCAAUAGAUUGUGUAGGACUCUCGGACGUUUACUUAGUGUUUCAUUACCUUCGUACUGGCGCAUAUUAUCGGGUGCUAAACUGUGUGAAAGCUAGGAGUACCGGCAUUUUACUGAACUGCUUCGCUUUACUAUCGUGGAAUUUAUGAUUUUUUGUGAAUUUUUAAAACUUGUCAACUUUGUUUUCAAUCGAAUUUAAUUAUGAAAUGGCCUAAUAGAUACUCUUCCGAAUGGUGUCUGCUUAAAUCCAAAUGUGCGGUAUUUCUUGCUGUCACGCGAUAACUUAAGGGAGUGUUACGUUAUUUAAAAGUGAUACCAUGAAACAAAACUAUAUUAUAUCAUCCCCAUAUAUAAUACCGUAAGGACGGUCGCCUGUCAAUGAUCUCAAAAUUACGAGUCCAAAUCGAGUCAUUUACUUUGCAUUUUUAAUCUAUAAUUUUGAUAUCCAAUAGAUAGAUUUUACAUUUAUAAUACCAUGAGCUGUAAUCGACAUUUAUUUUGAUAUCUUCAAGAAAAUGACAAGAACAGAAAAUAUAUGUCGUUGCUACUCAUAUUUCCACGAUCAUGUUUUUCAAUUCUGUGUCUCUGUUUUUUCAAAAUAUUUGCAAAAAACAUCCAUUUUAAUAAUGGACUUAGUCAUGACUUUUAGCCAUUGAUAUAAUAGGAAAUUAACAAUAUUUUUUAUAGCGAGGCAGACAACUUGUAAUUUCAAAUUGGGCAACUUUUUAAUUUAAUACAAAAUAAUUUGUGACAAAUUAGAACGGAUGAACUGCCAUGCUUACGAAAAGUGUAAUUAAUACCAUUUUACAGAAAUAUGGUUUUUUUUCUAUUAAUAUUGUUACACUUCUCGUUGGAAUGUCAGUAAGCAAAACUUGAUGAAUUAUUUUCUGUUAAAAUAAAAAGUUCCUUGUCGACAUUUCACUCGGGCGAUUUAGGCCUCUGUUGCUCUCUUUAUAAGGAUGUUUCCUAUAUUGCUGUAAAAAAAAUGUUACUUAAAACAAAUUUAGUAAACAAUUUUUACGCAUUGGUAAAAUCAAGUUUUUAUUUCUUCGGCAACUAUGUGGUGGUUGUUGAAGCGGGAAAGAAAUAUAUGAAUAAUUUUAUCUGAUGAAUUAGUUUAUAAAGUGCAAAAUUAUUAAAUGUGUACUUAAUUAUGUAGUGCUUUUAUGAUAUUUCCAUAUAACUAUAUUCUGUGUAAUUGCAACAUUAUAAAAAUCAAUUUGAAGAUUUUAACGUUUUUAUUAAAAGAUUUUAACUACUUAUUUUGUUAACUCAAAGGCAUUGAACAGUAUAACCUCUUUGAUAUGUUGAUGUAUUCAUUGUAUGCGAAAUGAUUUAUUGAUGUAAUAAGCACAAUAUUCUUUAUACUUAUCCACCACAUAAGUUGCUUAGACCCUUUACUUUCCUAUUUUAAGCGGCCUGCACCAGAUAGGUUCCAUGUAGCGUUAGAAAUUAAAUUUUAGUUCAUUUUCCCUUCGCAAUCGGCUCUGUAUAAAGUUAAUGUUAAGGCAUGGCGCAGGGAAAAUUGUUUUUCCGUUGUACGGAACUUGUUAGACUGUCGUAGGUUAGUUUAGAAGCGGCGUACGAGUGACAUUAUUAUUAAGGCGUUGUACCGAAAUGCCCUUUACGUUGUGUUUGGUUGUUGGAAAGAAAAAUAACACUUAAUUUUUUAUAGUCACAGCUUUGUUCUGCAUGAAUCUGUAUAUAGCGCCAUCUAUUGUGUGACUGAGGAACUAUGGAGAAGUAACGUUCCGAGAAAAUGUUUUGUUGCAAUAAAAUCGUUGUUUUGUUAAAAUGAUUUACAAAAGGUUAUUUUUGUAAAGCGUUGAGUUAUGCUACUUCGACGUUUCAUAAUUAUUAUUAUUUUAUGCAUGCAUUUGUUUGUUGAUGAUGAGACGAUUACUAAAGGGCAUUUUGGCGCAAUGUUAAACUUUUGUAUAUGUGUAAGUACAUACAUAAUGUAAAAUGUAUAAAAUAUAGUUUUAAUCUAACUGUGUCAUACUAGCGUGUAAGUUGUACUAUGCUACUUACCUAUACAAUAUUAUUCUAUAAAAAUGAUUUUAAAGAAAAAAUAUUAGUUGAAUACUGGACUCUGAACGAAAUUAACUAUCAUAAAAUACAUAUCUGGCGUCUGCAUUAUUUUAUUAUUUCGAUGAACCCCCAGAUUUAUAUAGGACUGGAGUAUGUAAAUAAAUUUUUAAUUCACGAAUUGAAUAUUUAGAAGAUUUGGUAUAUUAUGAAAAAAAAUAUAUUGCAUUUAUAUUAUUGUAAAAUGAAAAGUGAUUGAGCCCUUGGUAUGUUCUCGGAUGGUUUGUUUUAUUCAACACGACUUUUGUUGAUUACGUUUUUUUGUUAUCAUUAAGAAUUUUAACUUUGUUAAUUGCAAUAUCGAUAAACAUGACUCAGGAAAAUAAAACCAAUUUUAGGCGUUGAUUGAAAUAUUUUUUUAAAAGAUUAUUUGGAUCUACAAUCGUAUGAAAAAGCAUGUAAUUGAGUAUAACGACAAUGAUUUAUCAUUGAUAUAAAUAGUUAUUUACACAUUGACCAAUGUUCCCAAAUUAGACGGAUCAGUCGUACGAUUUUGCAUGAAAACGAAUUUGUGCAAUAAUGAAUAUUAAUGACUACUGUAUAGUCUUCUAAAUAUAAAGUAGAAAUUUCUUAAAAUUAAUUUUUAAGGUAUUUUCGCGAGGAAAAUAUUGAUUUAGAUUUUUUUUUUAUUUUAAUCGAGAAUACAAUGAUUUUUUAUUUUCUUUUUCCCUCUUCAUAUUAUUAUUUGUGACCUCUAUAUUUUUUUGACAGUAAUGUAAGUAAACCCGUGCCAAAACCAUCUAGAACUGUAAACGGAAUGCGAGGGUAAUAAGUUUCAUAUUAUUAUUAUUUAAAUAAAAAUACCACGAAAAAGGGAAACAAGAAAAAAUAUAAACGCGUCUAAUUGACUUGAAAAUUAAUUUUCAAUACCAGUCACGGAAAGCAUUGUUCAUAGUUUCUUUAUUUUAGAGGGAUAGGGAGAGAAUAUUUUUUCCUGUUUCCAAAGUUCGUGUUGCAAACAUUAUACAUAUAUAUAUAUGAAUGGACAGUAAUCGUUUAAUAUUAUAAUAUCUGUGCCAAAUUUAACUUUACGAACACCGUUGGUUUAUGCCCUUACCUCUGAAAGGUCUUAUGUUGAUAGAUUUUAUAGGUUGUUUUUAUUAUUAAGAUGGUAAAGACACACGGCUCCCGCGAGCCGUAUUAUUAUUAUUUUUUGUAGAAAGAAAUUGUCAAAUUAGUGAACUCAAUUAUUAGGUCUGGUCCCGUCGUGUCUUGUGUUCAGUUGAACGAAUAUUAUUUUAAUAAACAACUUAAAAAUUGUA